CUAUCCGGAAGGUCGCCAGCCAGCGGUUCUGCGCUGUUCUCCUCCCUCGGACGACACGUUACGAGCAGAGAUAUCAACUCCGACUGAAGGCGCGGGAAGUACGACAGCGCGGUGCCGCGAAAGGGACUGAACUGACUGGGGGUCGAUGUGUCUUGAGAAAACAUUGUGAAAAAAGACACGCUGGAAGAGUCGAACAUGGAGGAGGUGUUACAGGCCCUCGUGGAGGCUGCGAACGACCGGGACCCCGCGGUCCAGGAGCAGGUCAGGAGAUCCAUGGCGACAUUGGGGAAACGGAAGCCCGAGAAAGUCCUGGCGCUGUGUCAUGCUUACCUGGUCAAACAUCCCAAGCUUUUGACAGAACACCGUGUUGCCUUACUGGAGGUUGUUGAGCUUGUUCUGAAGGCUAAGCUUGAUGAGAUAAGCUACCCCAUAGUUAAGAGUGUUGUCUCUCUAGCUUCAGAUGAAAUGACCAGAUCGAAGGACAUGGUGUCGGAAUGGCAACAGGCAGCCAGCAACAUUUUAGUUGUUGUCGGCAACAAACACAUCGAGGACGUCACGGAGGAGAUGCUGAGCAAAUUCCAACCAGGGGUUCUGCCUCAUUUCUUUGUGGUACAAACAUUAUCAAGACUCUCUCUCUCCAAUGUCUGUGGCAUGGUACCAUUCCUCAAACCUGUCCUUAUUACCAUGCUGCCAAUGCUGGGCAUGGUCAAGCAGGACAAAAUGAAGUGGGUCUUCUCUUCAGCCCUGUCUCACUUCAGCAGUUGCAUUCUGGAGUACUUGGCCAACGUGGAAAAAAUUUCAGACUGUACCGUGAAUAAGAGUAUGAUCUCUAGUGAGAUCAGCACAGCUUACAACAUCCUCUUCUGCAACUGGCUGCAGAGUCGGGAUUUGAAGGUACGGCUAACGGUGGCCGAGGCCCUGGGGUCCAUGAGUGCUCUGAUGGCUCCAGAGAAGCUGGAGGAGCAGUUCCCCAGGCUGGUUUCUGCCAUCCUUGCCUUGUACAAGAAGAGCCCAGAGCCUCACAUAAUCAGCAAGAGUCUAUGUCAGAUCUUGGAUGCCUCCUCGAAUGUCAGUACCCGAGUGCUGGAGUCACAGGUGGCCAGCCUGCUUCCUGCUCUACACCAGCAGGUAUCUGCACCUCUUGACUACAACAACCCUUCAACACUGAAGAACCACAAUGAGGUUCUGAGAUGCUUCAGCAUCUUGGCCAGUGCCUUCCCACACCGCUUGAUCGCAUUUCUGCUCCAGAGGCUGGAGAGUAGUGGCGAGCGCAACCGCGUGGGCUCCUUGGCAGUGCUCAGACACCUUGUCAAUACUUCCUCUUCCGUUGUGGAGAGCAAGAAGCGCCUGAUCGUCAGCAGCCUCCGGCAGCCACUGCUGGACCAAAGCAACAAGGUGAAGAAAAGUGUUGUCCAGGUGAUUAGUGCCAUGGCUCACCGGGGAUACCUGGAGCUGGAGGGGGGCGAAAUCCUUGUGAGAUUCAUGGUCCUGCACUGCGCUCUGCCUGACACCUUCCAUCAGCAUGGUCGACACCCUGCAGACCCCGAGGAAGUGACCAACGAGGCAUUACGGAGCAUGUGUGAGAACACAUUGCACCUCCUGACCACCACUGUUGGACGUGUGGCUGAUGUGCUGUGGCCAGUGCUUCUGUGCUACCUGACUCCAGCGCAGUAUGCCAAUGCCACUGUACCCAUCUGCCAGAGCCUUGUCUUGCUGGGCACCAGGAAGAAGGCAGCCGGAGAACCAGGCCUCAUUAUUGACUUCAGCAAGCAAGAUGGCCUUCCAUCCCCAUAUGUCAUCCUGAUUAGGCUCUUAGUCAAUGCUUCGUACCCAUUCCGGGCCCGUGGACGAGGAGCACCCUCCCUCAGGCUGCUAGAAGUCCUAGGUCCCAGCAUCCAUCUCAAUGUGGAGAACUUGUGGGAGGUGGAGGUCCCUCUUCUCCUGAGCUACCUGGAAGAAUCCACAGUGGACACGCUGAACAGGAGAAGAUGGGAGCGAGGCCUACUUGAGCUUUUAUCCAAAACCCUGGUGGCCAUCAUGGAUGAUAAGUGGUGCUGUCAGCUGGCUAGUGAGAUGUCCCGUUAUUUGGUCUCCUACAAUAACUCCCUGGAUGAGAAGGCCUUCCUCUAUAAGUGUCUAGGAGUGACUCUGCAGCGGUGCUAUAACAAGGAAGUUGUAAAGCAGCUGCUGCAAGAAAUGCUGAUCACGGCACAUCACAACGAUGCUAUUGAAAGAGUGGGAGUGGCGAAGGGGAUUGGGCUCUGUGCCAGCACCCACCUCGAUGAUACUUUGGCAAAGCUUGAAGAUUUUGGGAAAUCUGAUGUCUUUAGGAAAGCCUCUGGAAUAUUUGGUCUGCUUAAAGAUAAGAGUGAUGUCGAUAUGGAGAAGGUGAAGAGUACGUUGAUCCUGUCCUAUGGUUACGUGGCUCUCCAUGCUCCAGAGGACAAGAUCCUUGGCCGAAUUGACUCUGAAAUAUUGCACAGCAUGAGCAGGCAUUUUAAUACCAAGGUCCUGGGGAUAAAAGUGGAGACCAAGGACCUGGCCAUGAAGAUCAGCCUAAUCCAGAGUGUUGGCCUCAUAGCCCGUGCUAUCAGCACUUGCGUCCGUCGGCAAGCUUACCUGUUUGCACACAAGCAAGAACUGCUGGGCAUCAUCCUGGCCUUUGUCAAAGCAGAACCUACGGAGGUCUUGAGGACCCCUGUUCGCCAUCUGGCCAUGACUACCUGUGCCAGCCUAAUGACCUUGGAACCUACACUGACAGAGAGCGAGACAUCUGAUAUGCUGCAAACCUGCAUGAACAGUGUUCUGGGUUUGCCCUCUGAAGAGUCACUAGACGAAGGCAAGGAAGAGGACCCUCUGGACCUGCACCAGAGAGAGGCCCUGUACACAGACACUUUUAAUGCAUUCCAUGAACUGCUGCGAAAAGUGCUGGCCCAAGAUUUAACCCCAGAUGGGCUGCAGAGCAUGUUCAAGCACAUUGAAGUAUGGCUUGUUUCUGAGAGGGACCAUGAAAGGGAGCGUGCAGUGCAGACCUCAGCCCAAGUCUUGGAUUUCUUUCUAAAUGCAAUCAACGUUAAGAAGGUGGUAGUGUUCCACACCAUAGGCGCUCUCCUUGGGCGCUUGACCCCCCGAUGUGUCGACCCCAGUGUCGCAGUGCGGGCGGUGGCUAUGGACUGCCUGUAUGCCCUGCUGCACAUCCAGCUGCGCUAUGAGGGGUUUGCCCCGGACUACAGAGACGAAGUUGUGGAGAGCCUGAAGACCUUACGCGAAAAGCUGAAGGAACUUGACUCCACGGUUCUGUACCACGCUUGCUCUGAGCUCACCAAGAUCAUGAGUAAGCGCCUUUCGCAGCAGCAGGUGGGCUCUCUCAUCCUGGCACUUGUCGAAGGGCUCACAGACUCGAUGCCCAGUUGCUCCCACGCAGUCAGUGUGAUCCUCAACACCCUGCUCAACAACAGGGGAGCUGGCCUCCAGGAACUGGUGCCCAAGGUGCUGGGUACACUGCACCUCCGCUUGCAGGACAUCUUGGAGGAAAAGGUGAGGGUGGCAGUGGUCAGAUCCAUCCUCCCACUGGCUUCUCAGCACCUGCCCACUGUGAUGAACACACUUCUGUCCUUUCCUUUGCCCUUUGACAGCAGUAGCUGCGAGAUUUGGGUGGUGCUCGGCGCUGACGGUUUCCUAGCCUCUCAGAUCAUGGAGGCCUUCAUGGAGAAGCUGACCACGACAGUGCCCUAUAUGGAAAAGAGGGAUUCCACACUGCCGGGCAGAGUGACCAGAGUGGCCACCGGACCACCCCUGGCUGUGACAUGUGCCUUCAAAGAGCUGAUGAGGAGCAUUGAAAUCCAAGACCUUGUGGGGGCCCUGUUCCCCCAACUCUUUAGUACCCUCCUAUUGCGCUUGGGCUCCAGCGUUGGGGUCCAGCUACCUAAGGACUUCAACAGCAAUGCCACAAGUCUGGAGAGGAGGACUCCUGGAAGGAUGCCAACUACCUUUGAUGUAUGUGGGGUGGCAGUGGAGGCUAUGCAUGUUCUGCUGGGCCGUGCCCAGCUGGACCAAGUGCUUCAAGCCCUGGAUGCAGAUGGAGCCUGGAUCAGGAUGAGGGAUCCACAACAGUACAUUGAAGGAGUUGCCCUAUUGGCCAGCGCAAUGGCGACAUACGCAGGCCCACACCUUCAGCCUGUAAUGGAGCACUUGUAUCCUAGCCUCAGCAGCAUCUACGAGUGUCAGCGGACCACCGGCAUGGCCUUUCUGUGUGAGCUGAUGAACCACCAUGUGGUAAUGGAGCUUUUGAUUGUGGACACCCUGGUGAACAUCAUGAUGGAGCGCAUUGCUGAUCCCUGCAACAUAGUGCGAAUGCUAGCUGUUCGGGGGCUGGGUAACAUUUCCACAGGAUCCCCUGAAAAGGUCAACAAGUAUGCCAGAGAGCUCCUGGCUGCCAUGAGCGCUGGCAUGGAGGAACGGGAUGAUCCUGGAGGUCAAAUUGCACUCGAAGCCAUGGCAGGCCUCUCUAAGGUACUGCGCUACUUGGACAAGAAGAACGUGCACAUGCUACUGGUGUACAUCCUCAUGAAGAUCAAGCCCUUCCUUGAAAAUCAGAGAGACGCUGUUCGCUGUGCCUCCAUUGUGCUUUUGGGAAACCUCUCCAGGUUCGGGUUGGGGGAACCUGUGUUUAGGGACCAGAUCCACAAUGUACUCAUCAGUCUUCUGCUGCAUCUCGCUGACCCCAGUCCGCAAGUAGUCAAGGCCUGUAAGUUCACCAUGCGGGAGUGUGUGCCGUUACUGGGAUCCAAGCUGAUUGCCACCAUGUUUCAAAACCAUCUGCAUGAGGACAGAGGCCUGCACUAUGGCGAGUUUAUCAAUGACCUCACCAAAUACAUAAUUCAGGACUUUCCUGGCAUGCUCAACUUUUACCACACCACGAUCAUUCAGUUCUUCAAGAGCAGCUGGGCAGAGGUGCGAGCCAGUGCUGCCAUGUUCAUUGGAUUUCUUCUGGGGGGUCUCCCAAAGCAGUACUACCCAGACAUGAACAUUGGGAGCAUAAUAAAUGGUCUACUCCAGCUUCUUCGGGACCCUGACCCCAGGGUCCGGGCCAAAGCGGCUGAAGCCAUGGGAUAUUUCCAUCAGUUUUGUCCAGCAGUUCAAUCGAGCAUGUGGAAGGAUCUGGAUGUCCUAUCCUAGGAGUAAAUAUCCCCGUUCCAGAGUCAAAAUAUCCCUCAAAGAAUUCAGGCCAGGACCUGCAGGGUGCACCACGACUUCCCUUUCUGCUGAACAGUUUGUCGUCUUUCCAGACCCUUUUUCCUCCAGCUGUAGCACCAGAACAUCAUGUUGUGUCAAUGAAAAAGUUUUGCUAAAAACAGAUGUCUUUCCUGAAACUUCUGCGUCCCUUCACAUCCGGUCUAUUAAUUCUUGAACUGUACUCCAGCUCCUCACUUGGCUUAGUCCUGCAUUGCUAUGAAAGUGUGAAAAGAGCCUAGGUUACUUCAUAAAGUUGAAUAACACUCUGCAAGAGAUGCAGAAUGAGAUGUUGUGGAAAACCAGUGCAAGUUAUUCUGAUUCUGAAGUUGGUGUAGUUUGUGUGUCGAUGGAGGCUCUCCAUUUGUCUCGUCAA